AUGACGGAGACCUUCAUAAGGGUGCGGGCGGAGAACGACGUCCUCUUCACUGGGGCGAAGUUCUCCGCCAGCACGGCCUGGAGGACUGUCCUGGAGAAGCUUGACCUGCAGGAGGUGGUCACGCCCCUGCAGGCCCUGGCAGUGCCCCUUCUGAACGUACCAGGGCCAAGCCAGGCCAGAGAGCAGGAGCCGGAGCAGGAGGAGGAAGAGCCAGAGGCGGAGCAGCAGAGAGGAACGGGAAGGAAGAGGAAGAGGGGAGAGAGCGAGCUGGUGAAGCUGUACAGGGAGGAUCUGAGGAUGCAGAGGGAGGAGGAUGAGCGGCGGGCACAGGAGAGGAGUGCCAAUUUUGACAGGCUGUUUUGCCUCCUCGAAAAGAUGAUUGAAAAUAAAAACAAAUAA